CGGCCUUCUGGGCCUCAUCAGUACAGUGCUGAUGCUAGGAUGGGGGAGAACCGAUAUGGAUCCCCAAAGUAUGCUCAGUCUCGACACAACCAAAUUUGCCAUUUUAGCUUUGCACCCACAGGCAAUAAGGUGGAUCCUUUAAUGGAAUUCGAUGCUUGCAGACAGUAGUAACCUUCAGCCACUUAACAGCCACUUACCUUUUAUGAAACUAACAUAAUGCUUUCAUGGUUUUUAUCAUCAACAAAACACCCUUCUUGAACAGAUAAUAAAAUAGUAACCCAAGGAGACUGUUCCAGACUGAACACCUAUACCUAGAGUUGUAGUUAUGCGUUAAAAGACUAAUAUACCAGCGCCGUUUAAAGACAAUUCAACGUCACGGUUGAAAAUAAACCGAUCGGGAACUAUAAAAAAGUUGGCCGCAAAUAUUUUUUGUUGGAAUCCAGUAGGCAUGCUUUUCGAACAAUUGACUUUAGUCUUCAUUUUGUUCAGUUCGCCUUUGUAAUCUCUGGGCAUCGUCUUUGAUACAUACAAAUAGAAUUUGUAAUCCUGUUUAUUUGGAUGGGUCAGACCAAUUAUCGGUCGCAUUUUUCUUGUCUGGUUCGUGAAUGUUCUAACUAGCUGACAGUUCCCUUGAUAAACACCCUUGUACUGCGAACAUCACCCUGGAGAGUACUGUGAGCCAUUCAAUGAAUGUCAGCAUUAUUCAACAGUGUUAAAGGGUUAUUCAGUCAAGCGUGGAGCGCUCAGUUCAAGCAAUCCAGCGUCAACCACAGCAAUGGAUUCUUUAGACGCAAGGAUAUUGAUGAUCAUUUUGUUGAGUGCACCUGGGUGCAGUGCACAGGAUAUUCGCGAAACAUCGCAGCUACGAAAGAAUUUAAGAAAGCUAAUUGAAGCAAAGCUGGAUCAGAAUGUUGACAGGGAUGUACAUUCUAGCCUGGUUAGGUACUACGUCAAGAUAUUGCAAGAGUUGGAUUUUUUUAGGUUCAAGAAGAACAUUUACACCAUGAAUACGACUACUCACCACCUCGCCCUUCCUCAAUGUUCUAACGUGUGUUUCCAGGCUCCCGAAGUGACGCGGCAAAGUGCUAUCGAUACUCGUGCUGAACAAUGCAGAAAGUUUGAUAACCAUUCCUUCAACGGUUACUUUUUUACUUGGGUCCCAUACCUGAAAGUAAAGGAUCGCGACGAAUGUGAGCUCAACUGUUUAGCGAAAGGACACAAGUUCUUCCUGCGUCUUUUGCCUAAAGUCAAAGACGGAACCCCUUGCCUCAGUGAUCUGAAAAAAGUCUGCAUUGAUGCAAAAUGCAAGGAACUUCCUUCAGAAUGCAAAGAAGGUGGAUGUUUUGGUACGAAGCCAUCUGAAGCACGAAAACAAAGACGGUUCGGAGUUUUUACAUCCGGAGAUGUCUCACGAGGGCAACUCAUUCUAGGUUACAACCCUGUCAUUACAAUCCCAGCGGGUGCUACGGAGGUAAACAUCACCGAAAUCCGCAGAAGCAAAAAUUAUCUGGCUCUCAAGUCACAUGAUUCGAACAAGUAUUACAUCAACGGAAACUGGGUUAUCGAUUUGCCGAAGGGUUACAACGUGGCAGGUACAACCUUUUAUUACACCAGGCCUCGCAGAAACAAAGCAGGCCACGAGGCUUUCAUUGCUGCUGGUCCAACUGAUGAGGAUCUUGACGUUAUGCUGCUUUAUCAAGACGACGAGCCAAGAAUCAUGUACUCCUACUUUCUUCCUAAAGAUUAUCUUAACAAAAAACAAGCACAGCAACCUGCGGAACCGGCUGGCUUCGGACAGAGAGGUGUACAGCCUACCCAACCAGUAUCUAAUGGAAACUCGUACGCUUGGAAACUAACAGGGUUUACACAGUGCACCCACUCGUGUGCUGGAGGCGUUCAAAACACGGUGUAUCAAUGUGCCUCAUUAACUGAUAACUCAGUCGUCGAACAGUCAGCAUGUCAGCGGAACCAAAAACCACAGCAAAGACAAAGAGUUUGUAACCUGCAACCUUGCCCGCCAAGGUGGGAGCCGAGUCAGUGGGGUCUGUGCUCCAAGACAUGUGGACCUGGCUUACAGAUCAGAAGUCUGUUGUGUAAACAGUUAGUAGAUAGCAACGGUGCGCGGAAAGAUCAGAUGUUACCCAUAAGCUACUGUCCACAGUGGGAGAGGCCUAACCCGAGCCAGAACUGCAAUUUGAGGCCUUGCCCUCUUCCAGCAAACUGGACUGUUGGAGAAUGGAGCAAGUGUUCUGUCACAUGUGAGAGAGGACUCAAACAGAGGAUUGUUACGUGCACAGACAUCAAGAAUACUUCUGUCGAUCACAGCUUCUGCAGACAUCGCCCAAAGCCAGCCAUGACUAAAUCGUGCUUCGCAGGUUCUUGUAAAACUGAAUGGUUUACGAGCCAGAAGUGGUCACAGUGCUCAGUGCCUUGUGGGAGAGGAGAACAAAGUCGACUUGUGUUCUGUGGAAGAAAGGGAGGUGACGCCCUUAUUUCUGGUCAGUGCCUUCAGGCCCAAAAACCGAGCUGGACCAGAGCUUGUAACAAUGGGAAAUGUCAGGCAACCUGGGUAACGUCAGAGUGGAGCAAGUGCUCAGAGGAAUGUGGAACCGGGACUCAGUCGCGCACUGUCUUCUGUGCUGGUAUGGUUGGAGACAUGUAUAAACAUUUUCAAGACGACGCUUGUCACCCAAACUCUAAACCCCCAACAGUUCGACCAUGUGGAAACGACUCAUGCACACCACAGUGGUUCACUUCAAAAUGGGGCAAGUGCUCCAGGUCAUGCGGUGGAGGUAACCAAGUCAGAGAUGUUAUGUGCCUGGACCAUAAGGGUCAAGUAUCUAAAGAAUGUCAAUCACGGCACAAACCUUAUCAUUACCAGCGCUGUAAUAACCUGGCAUGUCCUACAUCAGCUUCACAAGCAAGACGUAUUCCACACUGUAAAGACUCUUACAGUGGAACUGUAUGCAUGUAUGUUACACAAGCCAACUUCUGCCAGUUCUCGCAUUACCGCAGAAUGUGUUGUAACAGUUGCACAAAAAGGCUCUAACACUGAGCAAACAUUUUCCUGUUUCGCGCGAUUGGUAAUUGAGACGUCAGCCAAACGACUUUAGGAGAUCAUUGAAAUUACGUAGGAUAUGAAUGAGCAAACGAAGGAAAUAACGCUGAAAAUAAUUGUGACUUUGCCAAUUACUUACCCAAUAACAUAGUUUACAAUAGUGCUGCGCCUUCAGACCAAUCACUGGGAUACAUGGAAUAGAUAUAUUUGCACCUGGGUGCAUGUCACUACAGGAAAAUAUUUAUCGUGAGUACGAAAAGGUCUAGUCCGAGGUAGUGUUAAUAAACACCUCGAAAGUUCUGUGGAGAUACUUUACACAGAGCUCCCUAAUGGGUUUGCGUAUCCUCAACCAGAAAAAUUGGCGGUAAAGAGAAGCAGCCAUAUGGUAAAAGUACUGUAAUCAUAUCUUAUAACUUACGUAAUGCAGAGACUGUUUUUGUUUUAUGAUACAAUUGACAGUGUAAAGGUACAGAUUGUUGAUGCAGUUUAUUCUCUACCACUGGUAACCAGAGCUGAUUUGAGUCUUUGAAUUGAAGCAGAUUUUUUAAUUACACUAAACGCCACCCCUGGACAAUAUUGUUCACUGAUCAAAAAACUAAAUGUAAUAACUGUCUUCCAAUGUCUCCUCACCCUGACAGGACAUCUAUACAUAUAUAGAAUUAAGUGCAAUGUCCAUUUUUGUUGACAUGGAUAAAUAACCAAAAGAUGCCAAUUUGACAAAAUGUUUCUUUUUUUGGUUUUGAUUUAAAAAACAGACAGGAAUUUCACUUGAGCAAUGUCCAUCCUGCUUAGUUAAUACUUUUCUUAACAAACAAUCUCUUUGUGCCCAGGCCAUCAAAUUGGUACAGUCCAUAAAAAGAGUACAAAGUACACUGCACGGUUCUCAAUAAGUUUUGAUGUAGACGGCUGAAACAUAAAAGUAGGCGGCGGGAGAAGUGAGUACCACAGGCAUGAGCCUCUAAGGGGGUCUGGCAGCAUGCCCCCUCCCCUCCCCCACCCUCCAAAAAACUUCAAAUUAUAGAAGGUUAGAUUUGCCACUUUGAGCCUUCUGGCAAGCAAAUUUGGUUUAAAGAAAUAAAUUUUUUGUUAGGGACAAGCAUAAAUUUUACUGAACACCUUUCUUUUCUUGGAAUCCUAAUAAUGGGACCAGACUACACCCCAAAAAGCGCAGUAGUUUUCUCACCUUCAUCUACCUGGCUUUCUGUUCUUUGUGAUUUACAGAAAUAUUAACGAUCAAUUCCAGGCUGGCUUGAAGUGGGUUUUCUUUUACUCAUGGGUACUCUAUAAUUAAUUACUUACUAAGAAUUCAUGCCUUCUUCUAACACUCCGAACGCCACACUACACUUGUUGACAACAAACACCAGUCAGUGGAAUUUCGCAGAAGGUAGGAGGCACGCAUUGGAAUUGCAUAAUACGUUUUGCUGCUGAAAAUGGCUUUCAAGUACUACUCGUUCGGUUCACGCAAUUUUUAACUUUGAAAUCAACGUGCAGAUACAAAAUAAGGAGGCAAGCUUAUCACCGAAAAGUAGGUGGUUCUAAAUUUAAAGUAGCCGGGUUUUUUAGCCAGCUGCCAGCACUUAAUGAGAACCCCGAGUACAGUAAUGUAUAAUGAAAUCAAAUUAAAGCUUCAUGUAAAUGA